GGAAGAGAAGAACAACAACCCACAACUUCGUCACGAUGCGUGCCAACUACAAGAUAAUACAACUACUCGCGGCAUUAGGCUUACCUAUCGCCACUGCUUUUCAAGACGCUUCUCCAUUUAUCUUGUACUCUUCUUCAAAGUUCGAGAAGCCGAGUGUUUCCCAAAUAGCCACAACUGCAGCGGUGUCUUCCAUCGCCCAGGAUGUUAUAAAACUAUGCGCAUCUGAGGCGUAUAUUCUUGUUCAGCAGCCCGGAGCCCACACAAGCGAUUUCGCCUAUUCCAAAGCUGCACCCACACUCUAUGCGGCCUUACAAGCCGCAGAAGGAAGCUCGCUUACAGUGGAUAACGUUUACGAACGGGAUGCAGAGGCGGAGAGUCUUACGGAGAUUAUGGCGAGGUACGCUGAGGAGGCUUGUGAUGCGGAGGUUGAGGAGGUUGAUGCGAAGACGGGCUCGUUUGGCGGAUUUGAUGAUAUGAAGCCGAAGGUUAUUCGCGUGGACUUUGCCGAGUUGCCAAUGGGGAGAGAGGCUAGGAUGAAGGCAUUGAGGGAGAAUGACUCUUUCCUACAAUCCGUCAUCUCGCUUAUCCCUACGUCGAAAUACACACUUAUUUACACAACCACUCCCAUUUCUACCCAACUGAAGGUCCAAUCAACCCCUUUAGGCGAGCUCAGACGUCGUGACGAUCACGAGGGUGCUACACGACCCGCGCUUGAUAGCUUGUUCUCACGAUAUCAGUUCUUUACUCCGGGCAUUUUCAUGGGCUACCUUGUGGGACUCUUCCUCUUGACUAUUCUCUAUGUUGGGAUCAGCUCAGUCUCCAGCUUGACAAUUACCUAUGGUGCGUUUGAGAAGGAGAUGGGGCCGGCGGCCCAGAAGAAACAGCAGUAGUGGUGAAAAUGUGGGAUAAUUAUUUUAAAUCCUGUCUUUUUUUUCUUUUUUUUUUGCUGCGUUGCUGCACCGCGCUAUGUAUCAUAUCCGUAUCUAUCGACACAGAAUUCGUAACUAUUAAA